CACCGUGUCAUUAAGACGUGAAAUAUUCGAAUAAUAUUUACAACAAGACCCAUCUAGUGCAAGUUUAUUAAAAUGGCGCAAUUAUCCAUAAGUGAAGUGGAAAAGUUGAACAAUGUUGAAUACAAACAAUACCACGAGUUGUUUAUGCAGAACAAUCACGGAUCUACAGCGCUUCAUACAUGCUUCAGUAUAUUCUUCACCAUCCAGUGCUCUUUAUAUUGCUGUAUUGGACAUCGACGGGCGGGUUGGCAGCAAUAUUUAUUGGAGUUUUCCGUCAUAGUUUUACCUCUUAUCGCUGUACACACUAUACUUGCAGAUUAUCUCCUACAUUUAAACCUUAUUAUUUUCUUUGUGUUAUUACUUGAAUAUGUAAAGAACUAUUCUAAAAUUUAUAUUGUAAGGUCAUUUACAAAAUUAAAUAGUUUUGGUACACAAUAUUUACAUUUAGUGAGUAUCAUCAGAGCUCUGACAUACCUUAUAACUGUUUUAUGUAUUUUGGCUGUUGAUUUUAAAUGUUUUCCAAGAUAUUUAGCAAAGACUGAGCGCUUUGGUUAUAGUUUAAUGGAUACUGGGGUAGGAUUAUUUGUGUUAAUAAGUGGUAUAGUGCAUAAAGAUUUGAAAAAAGAUAACCUAAAGAGUAUUGUUUAUGGAAAUGCUGUGUUAAUUUCAGUUUUAUUAUUACUAGGUGUUGUUAGGUUUUGGUCGGUAAAACAAUUAGAUUAUCAAGAACAUGUGACGGAAUAUGGAGUCCAUUGGAACUUUUUUUUUACUUUAGCCGUUUGUAAAUUUAUAUCAACAGUUCUUUUGUUUUGCUCAAACAGAGCGUUAUUGUUCAGUAUACUGACAGUAUUUGUACAUGAAGUAUUAUUAUGGUAUAGUUUACAAGAUUGGGUAUUUAGUGACGAACCCCGCAGUUCCUUGCUAUCUGCCAAUCGUGAGGGCAUAUCAUCCUGCCUCGGCUAUGUCUCAAUGUAUUUAUUCGCCGCACAUUUAAAGACUGAGCUUAACAAUAGGACUGUCACAAGAUUAAGGUUACUAUGUAAAAUGGUUUUAGGGUCUAUUUUACUUUGGGCUAUAUCCCAAAUGAUUCAUUUAUACCGGCCUGCAUCAAGAACUUUAGCGAAUGCAGGUUACUGUUUAUAUCUAGAGGCAGUUUUCUUAAGUAUAAGCACCUUUAUGUACAUUAUUGAGGUGUUGUUCCAAAAUCCAGAAAAUAAAUUGUACUUUGAUUUGCCGGAGAUUCUGUGUAUUGUAAAUUGGAAUGGAUUGAUAUAUUUCCUUGUAGGUAACUUAGCAACAGGAAUGAUUAAUUUAAGUAUGAGAACACUUCUUGUGUCUACAAGUAGUGCAAUUGUUAUUUUUGUACUGUAUAUGACAUUUUUGCUAAUAAUUACUAGCUGUAUUCAAUCAUUAUUUAAACAAUUGAAGAAUUGAUGAGGGAUAAUAUAAACGAAUUGUAAAUUAAA